AUGAUGAGAAUCAUGAGAUGGGUUCCUCGUGAGAAGAAAUUCCGUCCUGGAAUAUCAAAUAAUAUCAUUUCUGAGCUUUCAGACUGUAAUGCUGCUCUUUCACGUCUAUGGAAAAAGCAACAGAUUGUGGAAGCUUCAGUUGUGAUUAUACUGUUUACAGUCUGUUUCGACACAAUCCCGAUAAAUGUUCCAUUAGAUAUAGAGUUUCAGCUGGAUUUGAAAGGCGAUGAAGCGAAUAGAAAUUUUGAGUUGCCCAGAAAGCUGAAGCUAAAGCUAGCCCACAAAUCAGGUGCAAUACAAGUACCUUUGCUGGCGAUAUACAAAAAACCAGGUCGUUUUGGUUUCCGAAAGAAUUCCGCUGCCUCUUUUCCUCCAUUCAGUUUUCUUCAAGCCAACCAGUUUGAGUUUGAAUUGAUUUAG